AUGAAGCCAGCCGGUCUUUUCCUCACUUUCCUUGCGGCGGCCAACGCCAAGUUCCUGUACGGGCGCCAGGUGUUCUCCGUCACCAGUUACAAUGACCUCUCCAUCUCGGGCGGCGUAGCAGGCAACGCGGCCGAGGAAGCCUUCUCUCUGCUGCGCGGUCCGUUGCCAGCCAACCCGGAGGACGUGUCGUCCGACGACCUGGACUUUCUCGACAGCGUCAACUCCAUCUGCAACGACGCCGAAAAGGAGGCGUUCAACCCUGCCAUUGAGGCUGCCAGUGGUGAGGAGGCCGAUGCUCUGCAGCGCGGCAAGAUCAAGAACAAGGUGCUCAAGUUGACGGCCACCAUGCUCAAGCUCACGGCCCAGGCGGCGCAGGGCCAAGAUGUAGCCGACAAGCUCGAGGAGGAGAACAAGAAGCUGCAGAACAAUAUCCAACAGGACGAAGAGGCUGCUGGUUUGCCGUCGACAUUUUUGAGUUUCGAUGCCCAAACGGAUUAA